UUUUUAAUGCUGGCUAGAAUGAUUUCAACGCUAGCGCCACGAAAGUGUCAGCAGACAGGAAAGUGAACCUGCAGAUAAUGAAAACGUCGGUGGAUAUGUCCAAAAUUAUUAUCUACCGUUGCUAGCAGAAAUAUCCGUACCGUGGAGAUAUAAUGAAAGGUGAACUUUUCAUGUGGAGGUGUUGAACCAUAGAAAUCCUGUUUUUAAUUUCUGGAGAAAGAAGGAAUUCCUACCAAAAACACUAUAAAUACUGAGAUUGAUAAGCGAAAAUGGCAGCCCUACCACGCAGAAUUAUAAAAGAAACUCAACGAUUAAUGCAAGAACCAGUACCGGGAAUCAGCGCUGUACCAGAUGAUAGUAACGCACGCUAUUUCCAUGUUAUUGUCACGGGCCCCGAAGACUCUCCGUUUGAAGGGGGACUAUUUAAACUAGAAUUGUUCCUUCCAGAAGACUACCCUAUGUCAGCACCUAAAGUAAGAUUCAUCACAAAAAUAUAUCAUCCUAAUAUCGAUAGACUUGGUAGAAUCUGCCUGGAUAUUCUAAAAGACAAGUGGAGCCCAGCACUUCAAAUUCGCACUGUGUUGCUGUCUAUCCAAGCCUUAUUAAGUGCUCCUAAUCCUGAUGAUCCAUUAGCAAAUGAUGUAGCAGAAUUAUGGAAAGUUAAUGAAUCAGAAGCUAUUCGAAAUGCUAAAGAGUGGACCCGUAGAUAUGCUAUGGACAAUUAAUAUAUUUUUCGCUGCGGAGGACCACAGUAACAAACAUAACCAUUCUACCUUGGUAUAUACAUUUUCACAUUAAUUUAUGAACUAAG